AGCAAACGCGGUCGUCUCUUCCUCUGUGGCCGAUCUUUGCUACCUUUCUUCGCUCGGUUUCCCCUUCACAGCCCCCAAUACGACUUCGAUUAACCGUGAGUAAAUUCUUCGCCUGCAACCCUUCUUCUCCCCUUAUGUUCCCACCCCCUUUUGUUCGUCGCGUUUCCUCGAUUCGCGCGUUCGAUGUGAUCGACAGUUACCAAACGUUGGAAAGGCAGGAAAACUCUCCGAAAGUGAUGGAAAAUUGGAGUAACACGUUCUUCUUUCGUUCUCCAGAGUUUUUUAAAUGAAAGCACACCGGUACGGAAGCUCGCGAGUGUACAUAAUAACAAAGACCGUUGGUUAUUUAUCAGUCUCAGUCUCUAGUUUUCAAUUGUCUCCAGACUUGCGAUCAAUGUUUUUAAUUUUAAAAAAUUCUUGUUUGAAAAUUGAAGAAGACUAUUCUUCGAUUUUACAAAAGAAAAUGUUGGCGUUACGAACAAUAAUCAGCGCACACCAGGAUGACUCCUGAGACCACUCGAUACCCCAACGUUUCGAACUUGAACUUCCUGUAAAAAUAGAUUUUCUAGUGUCCAUGGAGGAAGAAUAAUACCGUUUAGCUCCCGGACCGUCGUCGACACGUUCAUGGACCACCAGUGACCCGAGUUAGGCGAGUCUUAAUUUGAACAUUCCCAAGCACUGAACGCGUCUCUACUGAGAAGCUGAUGAACCAUCCACCACACCGUCCCAACAGCGAGCAAGAUGUGAAACGAGACUGUAUCUCCUCUCCAAAGGGACCACGGCAGGGAAACGAGAAAGAUGUUCAAGGCUCGGACGACAGUCUCCCCGUUGUCGGUUUCCUGGACCACGCAGACGGCGUCGUCCGUCCUAAGACUGACGUCGGGCAUCGCGACGACCACGCUUCACACCAACGCUGGUAACGUUUACGGUGUGAUCGAUGAAACUGUGAUCACACCGAAUUGGACCGAUGACGAAUUGGACUACACGCCGUAUGGACAGCGACCAGAAACGUACAUAGUCCCCAUCGUGUUCCUGCUGAUACUCCUGAUCGGGCUCACGGGAAACGGGGUCCUCGCUCUGACCAUACUCCGGCACAGUCACAUGAGGAACGUUCCUAACAUCUACGUCUUCUCGUUGGCCCUUGGAGACUUGCUGGUGAUAGUGACAUGCGUGCCAUUCACCUUCACCGUCUACAUCCUGGACUCCUGGCCUUUCGGGCUGGUCCUGUGCAAAGUCUCCGAAUGCUUCAAGGAUAUCUCGAUCGGGGUCUCGGUUUUCACUUUGACGGCACUCUCGGCGGACAGAUUCUUCGCUAUAGUCGACCCGAUGAGAAAGCUUCACGCCACUGGUACAGGAAGAAGAGCAACGCGGUUUGCAGUGAUCGUCGCCGCGUCGAUCUGGCUGUUGGCCAUUACGUGCGCCAUUCCAGCUUCCUUUGCCUACAUCAGAGACUUCAGGGUGAACAAGAACGUGAGCUUCCGCGCCUGCUAUCCCUACCCGGAGGAAUUCGGUCCAAAUUACCCUAAAACCAUCCUGGUCUGUCGCUUCUUCAUUUUCUACGCGGUGCCACUCAGCAUCAUCGCUGUCUUUUACAUCCUGAUGGCCAGGCACUUGAUGCGAAGCACCAGGAACAUACCUGGGGAGAUGCAAGGUCAGGCGAGGCAAGUAAAGGCGCGGAAAAAGGUAGCCAAGAUGGUAAUGGCGUUCGUGAUAGUCUUCGCGGUGUGUUUCUUUCCCCAGCACGUCUUCAUGUUGUGGUUUCACACCCAUCCUACGGCACAGGCCGAUUAUAAUGCGUUCUGGCACUACUUUCGUAUCAUUGGGUUCUGCAUGGCGUUCACCAACAGCUGCAUCAACCCCAUCGCUCUGUACUGCGUCAGUGGUACAUUCAGGAAAUACUUUGACAGGUACCUCCUGUGCUGCAUACCAAGGAAGCUCCGUAGACGACAACGUCGUUCGUCGGACCUCAGCUCGCGAGGACGAGGCCAAAGCUUCUCGAUGAUGAGCUCCAAGAGAUACUUGGGCGACUCUCGUCGAGGACACCGUGGCACCAUGCACAUGUCCAUACUAGGAAACGACAGCAGGACCAACAUCCCGAUGAAGGAGCAGGAGACCACCAUAAGCUUGACCGCGUGUCCAAACGGCGUCGAGGACGGUCUGAAAUGCGACUUAAAUUCCACGAUGGAGUGACGAGCAACCAUCGAACGCGAGUGCUCGUCAAACUAUAAAAACUGAACGAUCCAACGAUCGUCCGAACCGACAGUGAUCGCGACAUGUGUUUUACAUCUCUCGCGUAAAAAGAUUCGUUCGACCACAUCGAAGUUCAAUGUGUUUGAAUUAGAGAGCCGUUCUCGCUGGAAAUCCCACUCGAGGGAACAAACAUUCACACGGGAGUUCGAUUUCAAGGUGCAAUGUAAUCCGAUCGCUUUGGAUUUCAUUCUGAAAAUAUUUUUGUGACGCUGAUCUUUUUUAUACGGGCUGCAAUUUUUGUUGUCCAUUUAAAGGACAAAGGUGUUGUGCAUUUACCGUGACUUCUUUAAUUCCAGUAGCGUAAUCUGUUCGCGAGUCAUGCUUGAUCGAUAUCUCUUUAAGUUUUCGAGACAGGACUUUCGGUAGACCAGCGAGAAGGGCUGUAAAACGAGAAGGGCUCUCAACGAUCAUUCGCACGACGAGGUGGAGUUGAAUUAACACGUUGGUUGCCUCGUCGCGACCGACUCGGUGGAUAUGUUAAUGAGGAGAUGAUGGCCUCAAUUUUCUUGGUACAUAGGAGCACCAAGUUUGUCCAGAAAGAAGGAAAUUAAUUGUUGGAAAAUCCCUCAUGUGGAAAUGUGCUUUUAUUCCGAUGACAAUAACUGACAUGACGCUACGAGCAAAGUAUCGAUCGAGAUUAAUAAAUAUUAAUUAUCUUACGAGAUUAAUAUGGAUGUAAAAUUGUAGAAGAUCGUCUCAGAUGAAGACAAAGUGCAACAGGGCUUUCUAUUAAAGAUCUAAACAAAAUUAAUUACGAAGGCUGGGAAAUAAUGAAAAUAAAUCUGAAUAAUAUUUGUCUAUUGGUCUCGAGACAAAAUUUUAGCCUUGUAAAAGUUCGUUUCAACCCGGUAGCCAACGUGUUAAUACGUGUCUCGUUGCGAACAGCCAUUGUUUCUCGUUGCGAACAGCCAGUUGUCGGAACCGGCGCUAAAAACCGGAAGCAAUCCGUCGAUUGCGUCGUUGCGUCGGUACGGUUUGCGGGCACAGAGACUGCCACAGUGUUGUACAUUCAACGCGCAGCGAUUUUGUGAAUAAAAUUCAGACAUCGAGUCCACGGCGCUUUUUAUCUACCAUCCUUCGUCCUUUCGUUCUAACUUCCCUCUUUCAUUCGGUUACUACUUCCUUUCAGAACUCGACGAAAAAUCGACGACGAAGUCUCCUCGAGAUAAUUCAAUUUCUAACCACCGAGCGGAUCUACGCGACGCCCCUUUCGACCUUUAUUAUCUCCGCUCUGUUCCUCUCAUUUUAUCGAGAAUUUAAUAAUUGAGCUCUUACUUCCACCGAUCGAGAAUCCUUGGGGCACUCGAUAACGUUCGCUCGGGACGAAGAGUCUCUUCAGGGAGGAAGAGACGACGAGGAGAGGAGCAUAUUUAUGAAUUUUUGGGGGAGAAAGGGAAAUUUUUCUGGUAAUAAGUUUCGGGAUAUUCAAAUCAACGUUUCUUAGUGGAUUUGGCGCAGUUUUUGUAUUUAAAAAUGUCUUGAAUUAACGAAGUUGCGACAGUCCUCUACCUUGGUGCUGGGUUGUCAGAAAUGUUGGAAUAAUUUGUUUUUUACUGUGCAAGAUUGCUAUUCCUGAUUUCCACUGUUACGCCACCUAGUUUAAUCUAAAUUAAAUGUAUUAGUUUGUCUGGAAAGUCCGUGCCGAUUUUUGGUAGGUGGUAAACGUCUGUUUCUAUUGGAAUGGUUGAAAACAAUUAACAUGAGUGCAUCCCUUAAAAGGUGGAAAGGUCGUGGAACAAAAUGGUAUUUAUAUAAUUCAAUAAAUAUGUAUCAAAAUUCAAAUGUGCCUUUGAAGUUUUCUUAAAAAUUGCCACGAACUUUCUGGACAACCCGAUAUAUUCCCUUGUUUCUCGUACAUUCUUUGUGAAAGUAAUUUGCGUACAUCAAAUCCCAACAAGAAAUUUAAAUAAUUCUAAUCUUUUUGUUUGAAUAGCAACUUUAAAUUCUGGAAAUCCCAGAAGUCGCAUAAAUAUUCGUACCCUCGACUGAAGAAA